CCCUCACACGUUUGCCGUCGUACUGCGUCUCACUCAGGCACUUCCAACUCUUUCCUGUUUGUCGGCAUCUUCUGGGCUGUUGUUCGUUCAGUUGCGAAAGGUAACAAUUGUGUUAUGUCUUCACUAAGCGAACAGUUGCAGAACCUGGUAUCUCGAUUGCAGGCACUAGGCAGGGAGCAUCCAGCGAACGAUACCGUGAAGGAUGCGAUCGCACUUCUCUCGAAAGUCGAUCUCAAUGACCUACACGCGCGGUCCACUGCAUGGCAUGCUAUCGAGGCUGAUGUCAACACGUUGGCCCGGACGGGUGUAUGGGCGCCCAGUCAAGAAGAUGAAGAAUUGCUCGAGCAAUUGAGAACUAGCCUGAGUGGGACAUGGCCACCACAGAACCUUGCAUCAUCGCCGAAUGCUCAGCAAAGUGCGCAACGAUACUCUGUUGUAACGCCUCCGCCGAUAUCGGCACCGUUAUUCCCGCCGACCGCCGGGGUAACGACGAUACUGCCCACCGGCCUAGUGGAGGUUCUAAAUUAUAGCUAUUUCCUACACCUCCUGGUCACCGAUCAGGAUCGCGUUCUUCCACCCGGCAAGUCGCUUCUCUCCGUGAUGUCCAAGCCAGGAGCAAUGGGCCAUGGCGGAGCGGACGGAGAGCUACCUCACCUCAAAGACCGCAUCCAAGACGUAGUUCACAAGGCGUUCUGGGACGAGGUGUCUGAGACACUAUCCAAUCCCUCCGCCGCCGUGCAGAUCCCGCGGCUCAGGCGAUUCCAUCAAGCCCCUUAUGCCGCGAACCAUCCGAUACGCCUCAUCCUGACAUGCCCGCUCUCGCCUACCUCUUUCCCCCUCCGGUCUGCUCUCACACACUUCCGGGAACUGCUCGUUUGCCUGCGCUCCCGCUGUGCGCCCAUCAGAGACGCACAGAUAGACGCGCUCAUACGGAACGUCGACGACCUACCGUCUCUGGCCUCGAUACCAGACAUGGCAAGGUUGGUCGUAGAUACUGUGCGAUCAAUCCUGGAGCUCGCGGAGCUCAUGAAGGAAGACCUCUCGCAGUUUGUCGUGGGCUCGAUGAGCGAGAAACAACUGCGCGCGGUGCUGAUGGUUCAGGCGGCCAGCAGGAGAGGGAGGUGGUUCUCGCUUUGGCGUCCGGAACGGAUACAGGAGCGCUGGAGACUUGGCUGGAGGAGCGGCAACACGCGACAACGUCCCAGCGGAUGGACUUUGGAGCGAGUAUGGAAUUAUCUGCAGGCGCUGGUCAUCGCCGCCACCCUCCGCUCACUCGUACGGCUUCCAACGCAGCAGCUGCACCGACCGGCCAGCACAGAUGAAAGCGAUCAGGAGAGCUUCAUGGCGCGCCUCUGGACUCUACUCCGAACCGAGAUCGACGAGCAGCCAGGCUCGGGCGAAACCAAGCUCGUGAACCUUGCGGACGAAGUCAUCCGCGUCCGCCGCAGGUUGCGCGCCGCAGUAGAACCGCACGCUGCAGCGCAUGAUCCGGUCUUCGCGCUGUUGCAGAAACGGUUGCUCGCGGCGGUCGCUGAGCGAGUAGCGCACCCGGUAGAACCUGUCCCCCAUUCAAUGCUGGUGAAGGCGGUAAGCGAGGUCUGGUCGAAGCUGAGAUCGUGCGUAGAGUGGACGGAGCGAGUGUGGUCAGACUUGAUCAGACAGUAUGAAGCUUUGAAGCCUAGCCUAGCGCCGUGGUAGAGGAGGCGUCAGUUCG